AUGCAGGAGAAUCACCUCAAAACGAGCAGAAGUUGUAAAUCGGUCACACUAGCACCCAUUGUCCGAUACAAAUCGGGGCUCGUGCCUCCAUCUAUGAACAAAAACGAAGACCGAACGACUACUCAAGUGACUAAUGUCUGCUCUACAUUGAAAUUGCACGCUGGCUGCGCCCGAUCGUCAGUCUUCGUAAUCGAAUUGGCAUUUGCUUAA